UAUCCGCAAUUUUCCUCAUAUCCAAACCCUUUAUUCUAGUUUCUAGCCAAAAAAAAAAAAUGGCAGCUACCCACUGUCUCUCAAAACCAGCAACGGUCACUCCAGUUAUCACCCAAUCCGAAAACAAAUCAAAACCCAGUUCAUCUUCUUCAUUUCUAAAGCCCCACGGUCUACAAAGUCCAUGGCUUGGCAUCAAACUUUCUCUUCGAUCAUCAAAACCUAGACCCCACUUGCCCAACCACCGCCCCAUCACUGCCACUGUCUCCUUUAGCCUCCCCACUGCGAAGCCAGACAGGGUUGCUUCCACUGAGAAAGUUCCCAAAUGGUCAAGGAGGGCAAUAAAGUCAUUUGUUAUGGCUGAGUUGGAAGCGAGGAAGCUCAAGUAUCCUACUACUGGAACUGAGGCUUUUCUCAUGGGCAUUUUGAUUGAAGGGACUAGUCUGGCUGCAAAGUUUUUGCGUGCAAAUGGAAUCACACUUUUCAAGGUGCGUGAAGAAACUGUCAAAGUACUAGGAAAGGCUGACAUGUACUAUUUCAGUCCUGAGCAUCCUCCUUUAACAGAAGCUGCUCAAAGGGCCCUUGAUUGGGCUGUUGAUCAGAAACUAAAAUCUGGUGAUGAUGGGGAAGUUACAACAACUCAUCUGCUUCUUGGCAUUUGGUCUGAAGUGGAAUCACCUGGUCACAAGAUAAUGACAGCUCUUGGCUUCAUAGACGAGAAGGCCAAGGAACUUGCUUCUUUAAGUUCUGAACCUGAAUCUUAGAUGGGUAAUACUUGCCUUUGGCACUCAUUGUGAGAUGUAAUUCUUUUAAUUAGUGAAUGAUCAAUCUAUGCAUCCUUUUAGUCAUGA